AUGGGUACGAUUGUAGAGAGUUUUGCCAAUUGUUCAAUAUCGACUCGGGAUAGAGUAAUUGCUCCUUCAAAUCAAAUUCAAAUUUUUCAACUCAUUGUAACAAUUGAAAGCGCAAGUUUAAAAAAUAAUGGUGGAUUGAUUAAACCGCAUCCAUAUGUUGAACUUAUUGUUGAUGAUUGCAAAAGAAAUAAAACUGAAGUUAUCAAAAAUACAUAUCAACCGAAAUGGAAUGAAGAAUUCACUGUACUUGUUACUCCAUACUCAAUAUUACACUAUCGUGUAUUAGAUUAUUGUAAAUUUCAAAAAGAUGUGCUUAUAGCAGAAAAGAGUAUUAGUCUUUAUGAUAUUUUAAGUAAUUAUAAUGGUGUCUGUGAUAAUUUGGAGUUGACAAUUGAUUUGAUACGAGUUCGUCAUCAUGAUCAUCAAGCAUCCGCAUCUAACAAUUUGGUCAAGGUUGGAGAGUUGAUUACUAUAUUACAUGGUUUUCAUAUUGAUAUGUCUCAAGUUUCAAAUCCAUCUAGAGAAACAGGCAAUAGUACUAAUAAUCACCAAGGAUUAUCAAAUGGCGAUUUUAGUAAUGGAGUUAGAGCUCGUAGUCGUUCCUCGACAACGGCUGCUAUUGGAUCACCAGUUCCAACAAUAGACACGAAUGUAUCAAAUAAUCUUGUAAAUAAUGCGUUAACUAAUAACAUUCGAACAUCACAAACUCCACCAUCACACAACAAUUCUGCUGAGGGAACAAUUACUGUUCAUCAUCAAAACGGUCCUGUUACAUUACCAAUAGAAGAACCAUUGCCCGCAGGUUGGGAAAUGAGAUUUGAUACAUUUUCACGACCAUAUUAUGUGGAUCAUAACACAAAAUCAACUUCUUGGGAAAGGCCACAACCAUUACCAGCUGGUUGGGAGCUCAGAAGAGAUAACCGUGGGCGUAUUUAUUAUGUGGAUCAUAAUACUCGUACUACAACAUGGCAACGACCAAACAUUGAAAGACUGCAGCAUUACCAACAUUGGCAAGGCGAAAGAGCUCAUGUAGUUCAACAAGGAAACCAAAGAUUUCUGUAUCCUCAGCAUGCUCUAGGAACAGGUUCUGGACCAAAUAGUAGACAAACUACAGGAGUUCCACCAACCCCUGUUGUUGAAGAAGAACAGUUACCCAAUGGUUGGGAAAAGCGUCUCCAACCUGAUGGUAGAAGUUAUUUUGUUAAUCAUAAAAGUCGCAUUACCCAAUGGGAGGAUCCACGUACACAAGGAACUGAGUUGAUUAUUGAUAAUUCUGAUUUACCAACUGGUUGGGAAGUAAGAAAAACCACUGAUGGAAUUAGAUAUUUUGUUGAUCAUAAUACACAUACAACUACAUUUGAAGAUCCUCGUAACCAUGUACCACCUAUUCAAUGUUCUACUGGUCCUUAUGGGGUACCUGCUGCUUAUGAAAGGUCAUUCCGUUGGAAACUAAGCCAGUUCCGGUAUUUGUGUCAAAGUAAUGCAAUAUCAAGCCACAUUAAAAUAACGGUUUCUAGACAAACACUGUUUGAAGAUUCCUAUCAUCAAAUUAUGAGAUCUGCUGCGUAUGAAAUGAGGAAACGUUUGUAUAUAGUAUUCCGUGGCGAAGAAGGCUUGGAUUAUGGCGGCGUUUCACGAGAAUGGUUCUUUUUACUUUCACACGAAGUACUCAACCCAAUGUACUGUCUGUUUGAAUAUGCCAACAAAAAUAAUUAUAGUCUACAAAUUAAUCCUGCUUCGUAUGUGAAUCCAGACCAUUUGUUAUAUUUCAAAUUUAUUGGACGAUUCAUUGCUAUGGCUUUAUAUCAUGGACGUUUUAUUUACUCUGGUUUCACAAUGCCCUUUUACAAGCGUAUGCUGAACAAAAAACUUACCAUGAAAGACAUCGAAUCUAUUGACCCAGAAUUUUAUAAUUCAUUGGUUUGGAUACGUGACAAUAAUUUAGAAGAAAGUGAUAUUGAAAUGUACUUUGGUGUGGAUUUUGAAGUACUUGGUCAAGUUGUCCAUCACGAGUUGAUAGAAAAUGGUGACAAAGUGAAGGUUACUGAUACUAACAAAGAUGAGUACAUUAGAUUAAUGACUGAAUGGAGAAUGACCCGUGGCAUUGAAGAACAGACUCAAGCAUUAUUAGAUGGAUUUAAUGAAGUAGUUGCAUUAGAAUGGUUGAAAUAUUUCGAUGAACGUGAACUGGAACUCAUGCUGUGUGGCAUGCAAGAGAUUGACGUCGAAGACUGGCAACAGCAUACAAUUUAUCGCCACUAUAAUAGAACUAGCAAGCAAAUUAACUGGUUUUGGCAGUUUGUAAAACAAGCUGACAAUGAAAAACGAGCAAGACUUCUACAGUUUGUGACUGGAACAUGUAGGGUUCCGGUGGGAGGGUUUGCUGAACUUAUGGGAAGCAAUGGAGCGCAGAGGUUUUGCAUUGAAAAGGUUGGUAAGGAAACAUGGUUACCUCGGUCUCACACAUGCUUUAACAGGUUAGACUUACCGCCAUACAAGAGCUAUGACCAACUAGUCGAAAAACUCAAUUAUGCUAUUGAGGAGACUGAGGGGUUUGCUCAAGAAUGA